UAAAAAGCAACGAAUCUCUCUCUCUCUCUCUCUCUCUCUCUCUCUCUAUCGGUGUCUCUGUGAAGAAGGAGGUCACGCGUCACUCUCCUCCACCUCCUUUCCCUUCCUCCGAGCUCGAAACCCUAGGCGAUCCCCAUCCCCUCAAUGCAGUUCUCGAGCCACACCCAUGGCUCUACCUGAAGCUUCCGCCGCCGCCGCUACUAUCCCCUCCCGGUCCUGCUUCUGCCGCAGCAGCUUCUACUACUACCACCACUGCUCGAGUCUUCAUGCCUUGCAGCGCCUCCCGCGUUUGGCUCCGUCGAGGAUUGGCGUCCCCAGAGCUCUGAUCGGGCUGCAUUCCGCCCGGAGAGCUGCCAGGGUGCGGCGAUGGAGGUCCGAGGCUGCAGCAGCAGCAGCUCGCACUGUGGAGAGUCCAGAGCAAGCUCGAGCAACUACAGUCGAGAUUCCGUUGACAUGUUAUCAGCUUCUUGGUGUUCCUGAUCAAGCGGAGAAGGAUGAGAUUGUAAAGGCAGUGAUGCAAUUGAAACGGAGCGAGAUAGAAGAAGGUUACACCAUGGAUGCUGUUAAAUCACGUGAGGAUCUUCUUAUGGAUGUGAGGGAUAAGCUUCUUUUUGAAUCAGAAUAUGCAGGAAAUGUGAAAGAAAAGAUACCACCUAAGGCAUCUCUUAGAAUUCCAUGGGCCUGGUUGCCUGGUGCUCUUUGUCUCCUUCAAGAGGUUGGCGAAGAGAAAUAUGUACUGGAUAUUGGUCGAGCAGCUCUUCAGCGUCCAGAAGCAAAGCCUUAUGUUCAUGAUCUGCUCCUGUCAAUGGCACUAGCUGAGUGUGCGAUUGCGAAAAUUGGCUUCGAGAAGAACAAAGUUUCUCAAGGUUUCGAGGCUCUUGCUCGCGCUCAGUGUCUUCUUAGAAGUAAAAUAUCUCUUGGGAAAAUGGCUUUGCUUUCUCAGAUUGAAGAAUCUUUGGAAGAGCUUGCACCUGCAUGCACAUUGGAAUUAUUGGGCAUGCCUCAUUCCCCGGAAAAUGCAGAACGAAGGCAAGGAGCUAUUUCAGCUUUGCGUGAACUGCUAAGGCAAGGUCUUGAUGUGGAAAGUUCAUGCAAAGUCCAGGACUGGCCUUGCUUCUUAAGCCAAGCACUGAUGAGGCUUAUGGCUAUAGAAAUCGUUGAUCUUCUACCUUGGGAUGAUUUAGCCCAAAUAAGAAAGAACAAGAAGUCUCUUGAGUCUCAUAAUCAAAGGGGUGUGAUUGACUUUAGUUGUUUCUACAUGGUACUCCUAGCUCAUAUUGCUCUUGGAUUUUCAAGCAAGCAAACAGAAUGGAUUGGCAAAGCAAGAAUUAUUUGUGAAUGCCUGAUGGCUUCGGAAGGUAUUGAUCUCAAAUUUGAACAAGCUUUCUGCUUGUUCCUUCUUGGACAGGUUAACGAGGCUGAGGCUGUGGAAAAACUUACGCAGCUUGAAUUGAAUUCUAAUUCGUCCCCACAAAAAUCAGUCAUGGGAAAGGAAAUAAGCAAUACCGCCGAAAAUAAUCCUUCCUUGGAAGUGUGGCUAAAAGAUUCAGUACUUACUGUGUUUCCUGACACACGAGAUUGUUCCCCUUUACUGGUAAGUUUCUUCACUGGUGAAAAGAGAGCUCCUCUAAGCAAGAAAAAUAAAGGGACCAUACAAAAGGCUCAGGGUAUAAACCACAGGCCACUAUCCACUGCUAUUGCAUCAGAAGGGAGAGAGUACGAUGGAUCUCUACUCCUCAUUAACCCAUCUCAGCAUCUUGGAUCAGCUGUUAAACAGUUGACCCAUAUUCCAAACCUUGGAACAGCUGGAAAGUCUAUCAAUGGAAGCAAUGUAGGCAUGCAGUCGGUUCAACUAGAAAGAAAACUUGGUGCGCAUCAUAACAAUAUUUUGGGAAGCUUGCUGGAUAAGAAAGAUGUUAUUGGAAGGAUCACCUUUGCUACUGUAUUGGGUUGCAUUGUAUACGCCACCCUUGGGUUAGUAAGCAAGAAACUCAUGAGGGCAAGUGGUGGAUCUAGAUGGAGGUCCAACAUUUAUAAAAUGGACCAGAGUGCGCUUGUUUGGCCCACGGACCCUUGUUUGGAUCAUGAAGGUGAUCAUGCUUCUAUAAAUCGAAAUGGAAUGUCAAGUGUUGUGACGAAUCUGUUAGCAGCAAUUAGAUUGAAGUUUGAGAACUGUGCAGAUACUGAAAGACUUCGGAGUUCUUCCCUUGCUGCUAGUAUAUCAUCAUCUAUAGUAGCAGGUCAGAGGAAGCGGAUGCCUGUGGAAGAUGCUGAAGCCCUUGUAAAGCAGUGGCAAGCAAUCAAAGCUGAAGCGUUGGGGCCAACCCAUCAAGUUCAGAGACUCUCUGACAUUCUUGAUGAGUCUAUGCUUAUUCAGUGGCAUGCAUUGGCUGACUCGGCAAAGGCAAGAUCUUGUUACUGGAGAUUUGUUCUAUUGGAACUUUCCAUACUCCGUGCCGAGAUUUUAUCAGAUGGCCUGGGCACAGAGAUGGCGGAAGUCGAGGCUCUACUAGAGGAAGCUGCUGAACUUGUCGAUGAAACUCAGCCCAAGAUCCCAAAUUACUACAGCUCCUACAAGACCCAUUAUGUUCUGAGGAGGCAAGAAGACGGGUCAUGGAAGUUCUGUAUGGGCGAUGUUCAAGAUCCAUGAUGAUAUCUGUUGGCAGUUCUUGAAAACAUGUGCUAGCAUCGCGAGUUAGAUGAUACUCGGUUCAGUCUUUAGUUUUCACUAGUGGUAGCCCCUUGCAAAGGCAAAAGGGCAGUAUCCUUAAUUUAAUUGGCAAUGCCAUUUCACCCGACUUAGCUGUAUAUCUUAGAAAGAAUUUCGAUAGGGAACUGUGACUAUUCCUCCUGACACCUGUUCGUUGAUUUUUUUUCUUAACCGAGAGAAAGAGAGAGAGAGAGAGAUGAGAGCUUUGUGGAGAUUCGUUUGUAUCGACUUUGUAUUGAGGACUUUGUAAUGGAAUUGAAAUAGGGUUAGUUUGUAACCCCAACUGAAUGUAUUGAUGUUGGCUUUUCAAGCUUGUAUAGAGAUUUCAAGAGCGCUGCUUCCGUGUAUCUAGUUUGAUAUAAGAUCAACUUUGUCUC